AUGGCCUGGAACUUCCUGAGGGACAGCCUCAACACCACGCUGUGCCUGCGCUACCCACCAGAGAAGAUUGCCGCCACCGCGGUCUUCCUGUCGUUCCAGGUGUGCCGCCGGCCGCUGAGCUUGUCGGCGGAGCCGGACCCUUCCGCGGAGGAGGGGGAGGCGGUGGAGGCGCCGAGGACGUUCUGCGACGUGUGCAGCAUACUGCCAAAGGAGGUCCUGGAGAUUGGGAACGAGAUCACGGCCAACUACAUUGCUGCGCUCCGCCACGCGCCCGUGCCCCAGCUGUCGCCGCAGCCGGCCGCGUUGGGGCGCCGGCCUGUGGCGCUGCCCAACAUCGAAUCCUCUGUUUCUGGAGACAGGUGGAUGCUGCAGCACAAGGCAGGCGGCGGCGGCAGCGGCGGGGGCGGCGCGGCGGUGGCGGCGGGCCACCAAAGGGUGGGCGUUGCCAAUGGCGGGGCGCCGCCAUCUGGGGCGUCCGAAGCCGCGGCGUCGGGCGCGGGCUGGCGCGGCGGCGGCUCGCAGGGCGGGGAUGACGGCGGCGCGGCGGUGGCGGGCGGCGGCGCGGCGCGGCGGGCGGACUGCGGUGAUCGGGAGCGGCGGUCACGUGACGGGAUUGAAGCGCGCGCGGCCUGCGGGCCCAGCAGUUGGCAGCAGCGGGCGCGCGGCGGCAGCAGCGGCAACGGCGGCGCAGGGGGCCAGCUGCCAUCUUCUGGGGACGCGCUCGGCACCGGGCGCGAUGAGGGGAGUGCGGGCGCCGGCUUGGGGCGCGGAGGCCGCGGUGGCUGGGGGCCUGGCGGGGACAGCAGCCGGGCGGGCAAGCGGCCGUUGGGCGCGGGGGGCUGGGACGAGACGGGACUAGAGCCGGGGGUCAAGGCCCCCAGAUCUGAGGGCGAGUGGCAUGAGUGA